UUUGAAACGGAUUUGAAAUGCCCGCCUAUAGAUGCUCUUACUCCCCCACCUAUACAACUCCUCAAAGAAGUGGAAUAAAUCUCGAACAUAAUCUUUGAGGAACAAAUUGCUGCACAGCGAAGUUCUCAUUUAAAGCAAAAGAGAAUGAGUGUGGCCAUAGGGCGUGUUUUUAUGAUUGAACGGCGUAUUUGGAAGGUGUUGUCAAAUAUGACAUGGUGGGAAAAACCAGUUGGAUGAAAAAAAAUUGAUGAAGGAACAUAGUGGGAGAAAAACCGGUUGACCUGACAAGACAAAAGAGCGCUAUUUAUUUUUCUUAUUAAGUAUAAAGUAUAUAUAAAGGAAACGGGAUUGCUAGUCGACUGAGACUUAAUCGAGUCCCAGUCGAUGCAAUAUCCGCAGAAUCUUACAUGGAGAUCCAUGUAAAAUUUUCUUUUUUAGUUUUCUUUUUCUUUCUUACAUGUUAUGGUAUGUCAUUUGACUUAGACUUUUUUAAGUCUUAUUAGUCGACUGAGACCUAGCCACACAUAAGGCAAAAGUAUACAGAGAUUUUUUUUUUUUGCGGGAAAAAAGUAUACAGAGAUAGAAACACAUUCCAUGGUGUGAAACAAACCGCAUGUCACUAAUAAUGAAUUAAAUCUGGCGUGAUUUCUGGAAGCUACUGUUUUAGAGUGAAAUCUUAUAUUAUGGAGACAAUCGUUAGGAAAUAAAUCCUAUUUAUUACAAAAUCAUUGCAUGCAAACUAACCUUGCCGGGGCACUUAUUAAUGGGCCAAUCGCACCCUCGGGACGAAACAAAUCCUAUAGCGCAGGAGUUGCCCGAUAGCCGAUAGUUUGCUUCCCGAAAGAAAAACAGAUCUUUGAUCUUUCUUGGGUAGCGAACUGUUUCGCUUUCAUGGAUUAAAAGUUGGCAUUGAUCUUCUUGCGUCUUCUUCAUCCGAAUCAGCAGCAGGUAAACCUUGUAUGAUCAGCGGUCUGUUACAUCCAAUUUUCUAUUUUUCAUUUCGGGUCUCCUCUUCUUGAUCAUAGGCUGUUACAUUUCCUUUUAAUAAAUGUAUAAAAUAAGUUUGGCUAUUGCGAAUAAGUCAUGUUCAAAGUCAAGACACCUGCUAGGGUUGGUCGUCACUUUUCACCUUCGCGUGUCCUGAAUCAGCAAGUCAAACUUGACACUCCUAACCACUGGUUUCACAUUUGUUUGCACACUUGCAGAUCGCUCCACUUCUUAAUCCCCGGUUAGAAAUCAAAGCCAAGUGCUAAGUCCUCUUACACGUUAACGUUGGUACACUCUCACCCCAGUAGUGCAAUGGAUUUUGCCAUAGUGCUGCUUCUCUUGAUCCUUGCACCAAGGAUGUCAUCAUGCACCGGCUGCCCCUCCUCCACCUUUGAUCAUGUUGUCAACUCGGAUGGAGCACUUGAGUUCCCGUUGUUUCAGAAGGACCAUCCAUGCGUCCAGCAACACUACCUCGUCUACCGGAGGUCAGCUGGAAACAUCGUUCAGAAGGACGUUCCGCUGCCGAUUGACCUGAUACGGGAUGACAGUAUAAACAACUUCCUCUUUCUGAUGCCCAUCAAGCUGGGCACGCCACCGGUGUGGAAUCUCGUGGCAGUUGAUACUGGAGCCUCACUUUCUUUUGUUCAGUGCGAACCAUGCACUCUCCGGUGCCACAAGCAAUCGGAUGCUGGGGAAAUAUUCGACCCCAGCAAGUCAUCGAGUUUGACGCGUGUUAGGUGCUCGGAAAAAUUCUGCGACCUGAUCCACCGGGCGCUACGUCUUCAGACCAAAGCAUGCUUGGAGGAAGAGAACAAUUGCCUUUACACCAUGACGUUCGGAGGAUCAUCUACAUAUUCCACCGGCAAGCUGGUGAGGGACAGGCUCGCAAUCGGCCAGUAUGCCAAGGGAUACAGCUUCCCUAGUUUCCUCUUCGGCUGCAACUUGGACACAGAGUACAACCAGUACGAAGCUGGCAUAUUGGGAUUCGCUGACGAGCCAUUCUCCUUCUUUGAACAAGUAGGCCCACUGGUCGGCUACAAGGCCUUCAGCUACUGCUUUCCAAGUGACAAAAGGAAGGCAGGCUACUUGUCCAUCGGGAAUUAUAGUCGUGUCAGCUCCGCUACCUAUACUCCCUUGUUCCUGGCUUUUCGACGAUCAACGUAUGCACUGAAGCUGGAUGAGGUGGUUGUCAAUGGCGUCGCGUUGGUCACAACCCCCGCAGAAAUGAUUGUAGACACUGGGGCUAAAUGGACACUUCUGCUGGCACAUACCUUCGACCAACUUGACAUGGUGAUCACCGAGGCAAUGAAACCUCUGAAGUAUAAUCGUAAUAAUCUCAAGGGAUCAGAAUAUAUGUGCUUUGAGAACGACCUCUUUCAACCGUUUAACAAUUGGACCGCUUUGCCAGCCGUGGAGCUCAAGUUCGACAUGGGUGUUACACUCACACUACCACCCCGGAGCUCACUCCUUAUUGAUAAGGACUUUGGAGUGUGCAGCUACUUCAUGAGGGAUUCUGGUCUAACAAGCGGUGUUCAGAUACUAGGGAACUCGAUGACACGGUCGGUCGGCGUCACGUUUGACAUCCAGGGCGGUCGAUUUGCAUUUCGAAAUGGAGACUGCUGA